AUGGGUGGUCAUGACAGUGAGGAUGGGGGGUUUCAACAUAGAAAUGAGGGAAGUCUGAAUUGCCCAUCUUCAGGGAUGAGCACAAAUCCACUGCCUGAAAAGGUUUCACAAAUGACAAUGAGCUCAGUAUCCAUGUUUAAGCCUUCAAAUGGAGCUGACCCUUUUUUUGGUGCUGGUUGGGAUCCAAUUGUUUCAUUGAGUCAGAGUGAUAAUUUUGGAGGUUCUUCAGUCGUUUCUCACAGAGAAUUUUCCAAUCCUCCUUACUCCGUUGCAUUGGAAAAUCCGGGAAUGAGUAGCACCUCUCACCUUGUUCAAUAUCCAUCUGAUUCAAGCUAUGUCGAAAUGGUGCCAAAGCUUCCAUGUUUUGGAAGUGGGAGUUUCUCAGAAAUGGUUGGUUCUUUUGGCCUAUCUGAGUGUGCUCAGAUUGCAAACCCUGGGUGUGUUGCAAACUAUAACCCAAACAGGGAGGGGGGUACUGAGAGGACUUCAACAAUUGGUGCCCAAUCUCAUGAUGAUCACCAAAUUUCGGAAGAGGGUGCUUUAGGAUCUUCACCCAAUGGAAAGAGAAGGAAACGAGUUCCUGAAUCCAAUUCUGCAUUCAGUCCAAAUAAGAAUGCUGAAGGGGAAAUUAACAAGGAUCUGUCUGGGGAGAGCUCUGAUUAUCUGAAAGAACAAGAUGAGAAAAAAGCAAAAGGUGAAGACAACACAGCUGCAAAUUUGCGCGGUAAGCAGAUGGGCAAACAGGCUAAAGAAAGUUCUCAGAGCGGAGAUCCAAAGGACAGUUACAUUCAUGUUAGAGCCAGAAGGGGUCAGGCUACAAAUAGUCAUAGCCUCGCCGAAAGGGUUAGAAGAGAAAAGAUUAGUGAGCGGAUGAGAUUGCUUCAAGAACUUGUUCCAGGAUGCAAUAAGAUUACUGGGAAGGCUGUAAUGCUUGAUGAGAUCAUCAACUAUGUGCAAUCUCUGCAACAGCAAGUUGAGUUUUUAUCCAUGAAACUCGCGACAGUCAAUCCAGAACUCAACAUCGACAUAGAACGGAUUCUAUCCAAAGAUAUUCUUAACUCACGAAGUGGCAGUGGAGCUAUCUUCGGGUAUAGUCCUGGAAUCAGCUCUUCUCACCCAUACCCUCAUGGUAUGUUCCCAGGAAACUUGCCAAGUAUGCCAAGUUCAGCUCCACAAUUUCCUUCCUUGCCUCAGACUGUGUUAGACAGUGAGCUCCAAGGUCUUUUCCAUAUGGGUUUUGAUUCUAGUUCAGCUAUUGACAAUUUGGGACAAAACGCAGGCCGCUUGAAAUCAGAGCUAUAA